GCUCGGCAGGCCGCACGCCGGGAUAGCAGAGCCGGGAGGUGACCAAAGCCACAUAAUAAUGUCAGUAGCUCGUUCAUCCGUCCAUGCCAAGUGGAUUGUGGGCAAGGUGAUUGGGACAGCAAUGCAAAAAACUGCUAAAGUGCGAGUAACCAGGCUUGUUCUGGAUUCCUAUUUAUUGAAGUAUUUUAAUAAGCGAAAAACCUACUUUGCCCACGAUGCUCUUCAGCAGUGCACAGUUGGCGAUAUCGUGCUUCUCAAAGCUUUACCCAUCCCACGAACGAAGCAUGUGAAACAUGAACUGGCUGAGAUAAUUUUCAAAGUUGGACGAGUCAUAGAUCCAGUGACCGGAAAACCCUGUGCAGGAACUACGUACCUGGAGAGUCCAGUAAGUUUAGAAACCACCCACCUAACCAAAAAUCUGGAAGAACUCAAUAUCUCUUCAACACAGUGAAGGAGGAUUGGAAGAGGGAGCCAAAGGGAAAGAUUUAUGUUUGCUUUAUGGAAAAAGAAAUUUUUCUA